AUGCUUCGAGAACAAAAACUUCCUUCAGGUCCAAGACCAGAGUACUCACCGUCCAAGGCACAAGAAAACGCCGACCCAGGCGCGAGACUGCGUGCCGGUUCUUUCAGAGAGCCUACUCUGCAUGCCUCCUCCCGCAACAAUCACUCCCUCUUCUCCUUUGGCGGGUAUAAAGGUGCGGACGAGAACUCGACCGGAUCCUACGAUUUUCUCCCUUCUCCGAGUUUCGAUGAUCUACAAAGCAGUAUAGCAACCGCAUCCAAUGAUUUCAUAAACCGUCCGUCAGCUGUGGAGGAACGUGGGAUUGGGGGGAAACGCUCUAUAGAGGCCAUGGAUACCACAAUGACUGAUGCACGAGCGAGUGUAGCGAGUCGUGCGCCAACAGGUCCUCGACCAGCACGGACAGGUUCGAUAUUGCGGCGGCAGAGCACAUCUACAAGGCAAAGCAGUAUAUCUUCCACAGCCUCUGGGGCAACAGGGACUAUGGACCCUCCAACUGCACCCCUUGCAAUGCGGACACGGCGUCAGAGUCAAUAUCCCCCCAUAUCUGGUAGUGCUACUGCAAAUGCUUCGAAGGCUCCAAGGAAAUCUAUAGGCCCAGGCGUCAUCGACUCCGAUUAUACGCGACCAGCACAGAGGCGACGACCGAGUCUGGCGUCAAGUGUUUCAUCGCAGGGAUUGUCAGAUGCUGGAGGAGUGUCGACGCGUAUAAAUAUAGGUGGCGCACCGACUUAUACAGAUGGGGCUCGAGGGCUGACAGCCUCACGGGCAGCGAAGACAAAGUCACUUCAGCCCCCCUCCAGACAAGGCCAAGCACAUUUGUCAGUGACAGCGGGAACUCCAGACCAUAGCAGAUCGUCGUCCUUUGCCGGCAAAUCUCCUGGACGAAAUAAUGGACGGGGCACAAAUACUCCAUCAUCUUCUGGGAAGCGGAUGUCCGUGAUGCCUGGUAUGCCUACUUCAUCUCACGCAACCGGACUCGGUGCCAGAACCGUGAGCCCAACAGAUGCUCGAAGAGCGAAGCGGAUGUCAGUCUUACACGGUGUGCCACCAAUGCCGAAUACUCCUCCUACUCAACCAGAUAUAUCUAUGAUUCGCAAUUCUUCAAGAUCCCCUUCAAUGUUGCCGAGAAAAAUAUCUACACCUUCCUCAUCACGAACAACUCCAGACCUCAAUCGUAAGUCUUACAGCUCUGGGCUUUCGGCUGGGUCAAAUAACACAUCUCGCACGUCAACAGGGUCUUUACAACCCCGAUUACCACCUCCAACUUCGUCAUCGAGACUGCCCACACCAAAACCGAGAAGUAUACAUAGUUCAGCUGGAAACAAUGAAGAGGAGGAAGUUCCACCAGUACCUGCAAUCCCGAAAGCCUACGAAUCGCCCAAGGACUCUCCGGCUGAACCACCCUUCUUCAAUAAGCGCAAGUCGAGUAUGCCUUUUGACGCCAGUAGUAUCAAUAGCACUUCGACGAACAGCUUGUCGGGGAGAGGAUCGAUUCGAGAACCGCAAAAACAGGAACGAGAACCAAAAACCCGAAAAUAUGGGCAUCCCUCAAAUUCAGAUGCUGAGCAGCAGAAUAAGAAUACCCCAGUGAAAAAGAAGAAUUUGCAGCCUCUACGCCUCCCUCCCCUGAAUUUGCUGCCUCUAAGUACUCCCACGACCAACAAGAUUGCCGCUCUUCAAGAACCAUCGUUCUCAGAUGGUCAAGUCACGCCCCCGCCAAGACGUGUAAAUGCCAAAACUCCAAGUACACCAAUGACGGCCUCGAAAGCUUCCUUCUUCUCCCGAAAUCGUCACGAUGAUAAAGCUGAGCAGAAUCUUGCACAUGCAAGAAGUAACAGCUCCAUCUAUCAUCUCCGUUCCGAGUCUUCAUCUGUGAUGGGUGGCAGCGGCUCCGAAUCGUCGAAACCAAUUCCUAUCAACAGUCGGCAAGCAAGACAAGCGGUCUCACCAUUCAUCUCAUCGUCUCUUCCAAAGAACAACGGGGAGCAUUCAUUUAUGCCGAGGCCAAAGACCAGUGACAAUAUAGCCACAGAUGGUGCAACGGAGCCUCAUCGGCCUCCACGUCUCACUGGACCACGUGCUCAACAUAACGGCAAGCUGUCGAAGACUGACACUCCUCCACAAAUAUCGAGCCCUGAAGAACCCACCACACCCUCUUCGGCAUCAUCAUUGCGGCGAAAGCUGAGUCUUGGUUGGAAGCGAAGUACAUCCAAGAGCAAUAUUUCGCAUGCAGCGAAUGAAAGAGGGUCGGAGUAUCCUCCUCAGCCUCCGAAACACGAUAAUAUGCCUCCACCCCGUUUACCUGCCUCGGCUACCUUGAAUUCACUUAAUGGAUACACUGUUCCAAGCCCGAGUCCUUCAAUUAAAUCUACGACAUACCUGGAUUCCAAGCGACGAAAGAGCUCAGUUUCAAAUCAAAAUGUGUUUGCUGGUCACGACAGAACGAAGAGCGACAGUUGGGGUGUGAAUGGCAGUCCGAAAAAGGAGCAACCCACCGAGAAAGUUGCGAUGACACCUCGAACGACAUCAUCGGUAAUGUCAAAAAUGUUGAACUCGAAGACCUCGAGUAGCACGAUAAGAUCGCCUGAUCCGUGGACUGUGGAUCUUGACAAAGAUGACAUGUCAGCUGAAGACGAAAUGAGGAAGCUUGCUUCGAAACGGAAAGAGACCGAACAGGCUGCGAGACAGCUUGAUGCUCUGCGAAAGCGAGCCACACCAAAAGAUCGAGUUUCACCUCAAUAUGCAAGUCAACAAGCGACCAACCUCAACAUAUUUGAGCGAGGGGAAAUUGUCGAUUACAAGGAUAUAUACUUCACAGGAAGUCCGAAUGCCGCCAAGCACGUUGGUGAACUUUCGGUUGAUUCUGCCAACUUUGGUUACGAUGAUGACCGGGGCGACUAUAGCAUCGUGCCGGGCGAUCACUUGUCAUACCGAUACGAGAUCAUUGAUGUCCUUGGGAAAGGCAGCUUCGGUCAGGUAGUGAGAUGUAUAGACCAUAAGACUGGUGGCCUAGUCGCUGUGAAGAUCAUACGAAACAAGAAGAGGUUCCAUCAGCAAGCUUUGGUAGAAGUCAACAUUCUCCAAAAGCUUCGCGAAUGGGAUCCCAAAAACAAGCACAGUAUGGUCAGCUUCACGCAGAGCUUCUAUUUCCGUGGUCAUCUUUGCAUCUCCACCGAACUUCUGGACAUGAAUCUUUACGAGUUCAUCAAAUCGAACGCCUUCCGUGGUUUCUCUCUCAAGAUCGUCCGACGAUUUACAAAACAACUUCUAAGCAGCUUGUUAUUACUGAAGCAGCACAAAGUCAUCCACUGUGAUCUGAAGCCUGAGAACGUCCUUCUCGCACAUCCAAUGCACUCUGAAAUCAAGGUCAUUGAUUUCGGAUCCUCUUGCUUCGAGAACGAGAAAGUCUACACUUACAUCCAAUCCCGCUUCUACCGUUCCCCGGAAGUCAUCCUUGGUAUGACCUACGGAAUGCCAAUCGACAUGUGGUCACUCGGCUGCAUUCUCGCGGAACUUUACACCGGUGUCCCCAUCUUCCCGGGCGAAAAUGAGCAAGAACAGCUAGCCUGCAUAAUGGAAGUCUUCGGCCCCCCUGAGAAACACCUAAUCGAGAAAUCCACCCGCCGAAAACUCUUCUUCGACUCGAUGGGCAAACCACGACUCACCGUAUCCUCAAAAGGUCGUCGACGAAGGCCGAGUUCCAAGAAUCUGCAACAAGCGCUGAAAUGCGAUGACGAAGCAUUCCUUGAUUUCUUAACCAGGUGUCUGAGAUGGGAUCCAGAUCGCCGCAUGAAACCUGACGAAGCAGUCCGUCACGAGUUCCUUACGGGCCAGAAAUCAUCGAUGCCAAUGGCUGCCCCGCGCAUGGUUCCUCGAAACGAAUCUCCCAUCAAGAGACACAACACCAUCGCCACACCCUCCGGCAACAACCGGCCACUCCCCGAGCCACCAGCCACGAGCUUCAAAAACGGCACCGCCGUCAGAAACCGAGACGUCAGCGGCGGCAGCGGAGUGAGUCCCAGUAAACCGCCACUCUCGAACGUCAAUGCUGGCGGGGCGGGAGUGAGGAGGAUUAGUGGUGUGGGCGUUAAUGGCGUUUCAGUGGGAGCGGGGAAUAAGAGGACGAGUACUGGCGCUGUACUGGGACAGAGUUUACAAAGCGGAGCGAGUGGAUUACCGAGAGUCACGACGAGGAGCGUGAGUGCGCGCCAGGAGAUGGGGAUGGCGAAUGCGGGCGCAACGGCUGCGAUGAAGGGACGGUCUUGA